AUGGCGGAGCACAAUGGUAGCGAGUCCAGCAGUCCGGAGACUGACAGAGAUUUUGAUCCAUCAGCAGAAAUGCUGAUUCAUGAUUAUGAUGAUGAGCAAACAAUGGAAGAAGAAGAAGCCAUGAGUGGGGACAGUUGUUCUGGAGAACUAGAUGAUCUGACCAAGGAAGGAGACAUGCCGAUAGAUCAGCUUCUUUCGAUGUAUGGGUAUGGUGCCGAGGGCUACAGUGUGCCUCAGCCUGAUGAUAACCAGGACAGUACUCGGUCAAGUAGCGAGGAAGAGAUUCUAGAAAACCAGGACCUGACCCUAGACAAGGAUGAGAUUGCCCGUGAUCUGCUCAUCAACAACAGUGAAGCUGACAACAAAGAGACGUCUGUCGUCGACCUGUUUGAAAGCGUGGCCACGUCACAUACAGUUCGACUUCUUCGAUCAAGUAGUCGUCCUGGAAGUUCUGACGAAUCCGAUUCAGACGAUGCAGACUACAAUCCGGUACAUGAUGAGGAUUGGAAAAAGGUGAUUCAGGUGGGUCAUGAUUACCAAGCUGUUGUUCCGGAAGGUCUUUCCAAAUACGGUGAUGCCCCAGCUUAUGAAAAUGAAGAUAGACUGCUUUGGAAUCCAUCAAAGACAGAAAAUGCAACUGUUGAAAAAUACUUGAAGGAUGUUCAUAAGCAGAAUCUGCAGAUUAGUCAAGGUGUCAACUCCAUUCCAACAGGUGCCCAUGUAGCAGAUGAUGAGCAGGCUUUAUAUUUGCUGUUACAAUGUGGUCAUAAUGUAGAAGAGGCAUUGCGGAGACGAAACAUGCAGGCUGUGGCCACAUCAGAUCCAAUGAGCCUAUGGUCAGAGGAAGAGUGUAGAAAUUUUGAAAAUGGUCUUCGACUUUAUGGAAAGAACUUUUAUCUUGUACAGCAAAUUAAGGUUCGAACUCGGUCGGUAGGAGAAUUAGUUCAGUUUUAUUACUUAUGGAAGAAAACUGAGAGACAUGAUGUAUUUGCAAAUAAAAAUAGAUUGGAAAAAAGAAAAUAUGCAUUACAUCCUGGUGUUACGGACUACAUGGACCGGUUUCUAGAUGAUGCAGAUCCUUCCAACCCACCGCGCGACCGAUCUUCAAGCCCGAACUUAAAUUCCUUAAUAUACGGCGACCCCAAGAGGGCCCACAUCAAACAGGAGCAAGAGGAGCGGGCAGCAUUCAGCAGUAUACGACAUAUGGACGCUGAUGUCGUCACGGCCACCACAACUGCCACAACAACCACUACAACUACUACAGCAAAAAGUGCUAAUCGUGAUAGCAGGACUAGCCAGUCUAGUCCCAAAGACUCUGUUCCUACGGACACCAACGUGAAUGGAACAAAAGAUUCGUAUUCGCCUGUUUUAAAGAAGUUGAAAACUGAGUGUACAACAGUGUCUAUAUCAAAACCUAACGACAACUGUUUGCAUGUGAACCAUCGAGAUAGUUUACCAGUGACAUCGCUACCCAGUGUGUUGGGCGGUGGCGAUACUAGUUACAGUGAUAGUAAUUACAGUGCCAGUUCUCGGGAGGUUGCUGGUCAAGAAGUGCGACUCAUUGGUCAACCAGAGCCCAUUGCUCAGUAGUCACAAGUCAUUCCAAGUCAUGCAGGAUUAACAAUCAUCUUAAUGUGCAAUAAGAACCCUAAGCCGGAAAAUUAUUACUUACAAGUAUUUCCUUUAAAUGGAAUCUGGUCUCAGUUGCAUAUGUACUUGUUUAUUUACAAAUGCCACCAUCUAAAGCUUAAUUAAAAACUAAAUUGGG